UCAGUCAACCAGCGACUAAUGAUAGAAAUUAGAAACGGAAGCAUUUUGAUUUAAUAUUUUGCGAGGAGUUCGCUUUUCCCUAUGUGUGACAGCAAACGUGAUAGUUAUGGAUAAGAUAACAGUCCUAGACUUUGUCUACCGAUGGAGCCCAGAGUUUGCUAAAGGCUGCUUUUCGACAUACGAAGGACACAUCUGCAUCUCGGCUGCAUUUUACCUCCUGUCUGCUUUGAUAUUGCUGGUUUCAUGUUCACUUCUUCUUUAUCACAGAUGCAGAUGGAGAUGCAGGCAUUGGAGUGAUGAGGCUGCCUGUGCCAUGUAUUGUUUCAUUGGGAACUUGUGCAGCGCAGUGGGAGCUUUGCUCUCCAACCAGUUUGCAUUUUUGAUUUCCAUGGCUUCAUAUGUGGCAGUAUUGGACAUUGUUCAUAUCUUGUCAAUAACUUGCUCCAUUUAUUUAUGGUAUUACUCAAAAACAGGAAAGACCACGAGAAUGAUGUCUAAGAGAAGGCGGCAGAAUGUUUUUGCUGUGCCAUUACUGUUUGCAGUGGGGGGCAGCAUUUACCUGAGUUCAGCUGUCCAUCUGAGUCCCAUAAGAGUAUCUACGACCAGUAGAAGACUACUCAAUCUGUUUUAUGACGACUAUAUUGAGAACCUCGGAUACAUUCUGGGACUUCUGUCUUUUGCAAUCAGCUGGACUGCGAAGUUUCCCGUCUUUUUAAAAGCUAACAGAGGAGAACAGAGUUCUGCUCUGCAGGUGUCUUCUAGAAUGCUGUGUUCUCUUGCUGGAGGUCUGUACGCUUCUUCCAUUCUUCUGUAUGACAUCCAGCCGAGAACUGUUGUCAAAGCAAUGCCGUGGAUUCUCGCAGCUAUCUGCUGCGCUAUUAUGGAUUUAGCUAUUGUGGCCCUCGCCUUUUACAGAUCCAAACAUAAACGUCCUUCUGUUCGGUCUUUAGACUCGGAUACAGAGUCUUUACUAGGAGAACCUUCAGGCACAAAUAAGCAUUGCAACGACAACAUUAAUUGCCAUAGAAAGAAGCACUUGAACAGAUACAAAUCUCCUAAAGGCACUGACAUGGGGCUCUACAUGGAUGUCAACAUACAGCCAAUGAGAAAGGUCUGUUUAAAGGAGGUGACAAUCUCCCGUAAUGGCUCAUCCGAUGCUCUUCCUCUCAAAAGAACUGUAAGGGUGGUACGGGUGGAUGAACCUUGUUCUUCAGGCACUUCUACUGAUUCGUCGUCCCUCAGCUCUGAACUCGAGUGGGACUUUGAAGAAACAAAGACCCAGUGGAUCCCAGUAGAAGAAGACCCUGAAGAUCUACAAAAGAUCGAGGCGUUCCCGCUCCAGGAGUGGCAAGUGAGUCCAGGUUCAAAGUCAACCAGCAGACCCGCCUGCCUCUGCAAUCGUGCACAGUUGGCUGAGAAGUUGGGAUCCAUAAAAACAGACCCCAAGUAAAAAAUGUGCGUCUUAGUCAAAUGACUACCGUAAUUGUGUAACAACUGUUUUUUUUCUGUUCGAUUUCAUGUGAAGUUUAAUAAAGAAGUUUAAUAUUUUGGAAAAUUCAAGACGAGACGUUCGCUAACAAAGCAAAGGAGAUAAAUUGACAACAUUUCUCAAACCUCACAGCUAGUCUGACUAUUGUUACCAACUGAUCUGAUGUAUCCUUCCCUCGGGGCUACUGGGACUCUCAGCACUUCCCUGUCAUUCGCACUGAGCACUUUUUCCAUUGUCGUUCCCUUCCCUCUCGAGAAGCACACCGCUGAUUAAUGGGAGGCUCUGAAAUGCUUAUCAGACCUGUCGUUUUCAUAGACGAUACAGAACAUUGACAAAUGAAGGGAGGUGUCACAUCGACUGCCCUAAUAAAAACAAUAUCACCCUCUCGCAGGCUUGCCAGGUCACGGGGUCAUUUCCUUUAUUUUUAUGGUCGCUGCCGGUUUAUUUGAGCUGGACUGGAAAAGGCCCAGCGGCGCGAGAUAAGCCACAGACUAGACGAGUGUCCUCGCGGGUCUCCAGACUUGGCCUGCCGUGGUUUGCCUCCCCGUAUUUUUGUGUCUCGCACUGUCUUGUUUAACUGAUUUGUAUUCAGGAGACUUCCUUAAAGUCUGACAGCGAAACAAUGUGUCGAUUAGAGAAUUUCAACCAGAAAGACUGCUAAUGCAGCUGAUUAAUCCAUAACCUAUUGUACAUUAACUUGACGGGUACGGGUUAACAUUCUAAUAAUUUAAAACUGACAAAAGAUCUUCCUGUAUAUAUAUUUAUAUGUCUUUAUUGUAAUAAAGUUUGACUAGUGGGAUGAAGCAUGGGAUUGGAAAAUGACCAGGCCAACCUUAAACCUACCACACAAUCUAUGCUUUCUCAAUUCUCCACUGGGUUCUGGCGCCCUCAGACCUGGUUAAAUCUACUCUUUGGACUACGCUGAGCCAUCAUUUCACAGUGCGGUCAUUGACGUAACAAGCCAGGAUGCUGGUGUCUCUGACAUCACUAAACUUCGCUGGGCAUUACCAGGCAGCCAGCCUAUAUGGGGCCUGAGUUUGCCCCUAAUCCUUCGCCCCCUUGAACGUGGUGAAAUGAAAGCAAACUGUCCAGUUUGUUUAAAUAGGUUUGCACAUUUGACUUGGAGCAUGGAUUAAAACAUCUGAAGCGGCAGUUGUGUGAGGAUUCUUGUUUUUCUUUCGGAUUGUACAUCACUUUGAACUUGCUGCAAGGGAUCAAGGUGGGAGUAAGUUCGGCCCUUUUGAUGAUGAUGUCCACAUUCCACUUUGUUAGACACAUUCAUCUAUUUCUUGUGCAUUUUCAAAUUUUAAACGGAACCCCCAAGACUUGCACAUUGCAUGUCAUCUUGAUUUAUCCAGUUACUUAUAAUAAGAUCUGAAACAGGCGAGCAGUUACUGAUUACUCAUCAUCUUGACUAUAAGAAUGUCUAGAAAGGUUAGACUGAUGACCUUUGAACAGACAAUAUAACAGAUGGACAAAUAGCUGGACAACUCAUUACAUAAUGCUCAGUAUAAAACUCAAAAGUAUAUUUCUCUUUAUUAUAGUUAUAAUCUCAGCAGUUGUCCUUCUCACAUGCACAUGUAUGUUGUAAGGAAAUUUGGUAAUUCGGCUUUCUACAUUCUCUAUCUUUAUACAAUAAAGAUUUAUC